GUAGUGCGCUGAGCGGAGGGGAGCAGCAGCCAUGCCGGUGGACCUGGGGCUGUGGAGCGGGCCGCUGAGCCUCACCGAGGUGGAGCAGAAGCCGGCGCACCCGCUGCGUGUCAAGUAUGGCUCCGUGGAGAUAGACGAGCUGGGCAAGGUGCUCACGCCCACUCAGGUCCAGCAUCGCCCCACCAGCAUCGAGUGGGAUGGCUGUGAUCCGCAGAAGCUUUACACCCUGGUUCUCACAGACCCAGAUGCUCCCAGCAGGAAGGACCCAAAGUUCAGGGAAUGGCAUCACUUCUUGGUGACCAACAUGAAAGGCAACAAUGUGGGGAGUGGGACCGUGCUGUCAGAUUACGUCGGCUCCGGACCUCCCAAGGGAACAGGGCUGCAUCGCUAUGUGUGGCUGGUGUAUGAGCAGCCGAAGCAGCUGACCUGCAACGAGCCCAUCCUCUCUAAUCGCUCUGGUGACAAACGAGGGAAGUUCAAGGUGGCUUCUUUCCGCAGCAAGUACGAGUUGGGGGUGCCGGUGGCUGGCACUUGCUACCAGGCAGAGUGGGAUGACUAUGUGCCAAAGCUCUACGAGCAGCUGUCAGGGAAGUAGGGCGAGGGGCCCUGAAGAAGCACUGUGCAGCACGCUCUGCGCCCCUGGAGACCAAGCUGGUCAAAGCACAUCGCUGUAGUUUUGUUUGAUUAGUGAGUUGAACCCAACUGCUCCUGUGCUGACUGCUGGAACUGUAACCCUGUCACUGUCCCUGGCCUGAACCUGCUUCUGCAUCAGUGUGGUCCAGACCUGUGCUGGGCUUCAGCCGAUUCCUGUAGGUACAGGUAAUCGCUAGCUAGAUGAGCUUCUGGCAAGGUGUCCCUUUAAGGGCCACCCCCUCCAAGCUGACCUGCUUAAGGGAAACCAAACCCUCUGUGAAUUAGUGUCACUCAGUGUUUCUACUGUACUGAAAUGGUAUUAUGUGGCAGCAGUGUGGGUACAGAACCACUUCUGGGUUGGCGCUGGCAGUGUAGCCUCCCCUUUCCAGGAGAGGAAAUGGCAGUCUAAGGGAAACUACCGUUCUUUUGGUUUUGUUUUGGGGUUUUUUUGUUUUUGUUAUUUUUACCCUCAAGUAUUUGGCCAGUGCCUCCACUUCACUGAAGUGAACCACUAAAACAGUGAAGGCAUAGCUGGUAGGAGGAGGCAGGGAAGCUGGUUUAUAGCACUACCUUCUGUUCUCUGUUGCCCCUCAAAGCUGAGAGACCACUGUCAUUUUGUUCAAGUUCUGUUGUGACCUGAUGUUAACAUGCUGUUUGCUCACAGUGCAAUUAAAAACUUACCAUGGUAGAUGGUGUGGUUGUCUUCUUGGGGGACGAGGGCAGUGCUUACAGGAGCAGGUUGGUGUCAACAGGUUCCUUUCCGCCUCCUGAUGUAGAGGCUGGACCCUCUGGCAGGAGCUCCACCCUCCUGGCAGUGCCACCUGAAACAAGUGCUGAUGGUGGAGGAAUGCAGCUCAAAGCAGUCAAUGUCUCUCUGUCCAACAGCCUACCUUGUGCCAACUUAAGUCUACUUGCCUUGAGGUGCAGCUCGCCUUCACAGUAAAGGCUUAUGGCAAACAGAGUGCUGGCAGGCUGGCUUUAGAAAUUCAGAGAGGACACUUCUUUUUCCAGGGUUUUUCU